CAGCUGUGAUUAAAAGGUAUUUAGUGUAAGAAAAUGUAUAAAUGUUAUUGUAUGCUUGCUUUUUAUGCAGUACUAUAUAAGGCUGAACGAUACCUUCAGGUAAAAAGAGCUUUUGUUUACCUUGAUGGAAAGUUCGAUUUUAUUAAUAAAUAUAAAAUAAAAACAACAGUGCCUAUUGGAGGGUAAUUUUACAGUGAAAAACAUUACCAGGAUUACACAGAAAAUUAAUUUGACUUUUGAGAAUUAAUUUGAGAUUUGAAAAGAGAGACGCGUAGGCUGCCAUUGAAACAAUCAGAUCUGCUGGAUUCUUAAAAUGGACCCGCAGGCCCGCAAGUUGUUUAAAGCUAGUUUUCUGUGUUAAUUUACUUGUCCAUAUUUGUCGGUUUUUAUUUAACUUUCCAUUUAGGUAGGCUAUUAUUAAAAAGUGUGCGCGCGUUGUGCUUUUUCUUCUUCUUGUGAAUGUUUGGCCAACAGGCUGCUGAUUGGCUGCCGCGGGUUCGCGCGCGCUCGGUGUUUUACGGUAACGCGCUCAGGUGAGGCGCAGGUGAUUGACAGAUGAAGAACAUCGUCAGAGACACCGGCGGGAUGACGCGAUGCACGCGCAGCUGACGGACACAGCACGCGCUUGAUCAGUAACUGACAGACUGGACGCAGUGGAGGUAUCUGAAGCCACGUGUGCAUUAUGAAGGAGAACAGGUCCUCGUGUCAGGUGGAGCAGCUGCCCUGUGCAUGUCUGCUAGACUGCCACCGACCGACCCACACCCGCGGCGCCGCAGGGGCCCCGCCACGACACAGAGCCAACGGGGCCGUGGGGGCCUCGUGCAACAGUCCCAACUGCGUGGUGGCCGCCAGGCUGGAGGACCCAGAGCGGGGCCGGCACGGGGCCGGCAGGGUGCUGGUCACCGGAGGGGCCGGGUACUUCGGGUUCAGGCUGGGCCGGGCUCUGGCAGGCCAAGGGGCCACGGUUUUACUCCUGGACCUCCACAAGCCGCCCUGGGAUCUCCCCGAUGGAGCCGUCUUCCAGCAGAUUGAUAUCCGGGAUUAUGAUGCCCUGUAUAAGAUCUGUGCAGGAGUGGACGUCAUUUAUCACACUGCUUCCUAUGGGAUGUCAGGACCGGAACAGUUGAGGAGAAAGAUGAUUGAAUCAGUGAAUGUCGGCGGCACGAACAAUAUCAUAAACGUCUGUACGGAGAGGGGCAUCUCUAGACUCAUCUACACCAGCACAGUCAAUGUGGCGUUUGCUGGCCGACCCAUCGAGGAUGGAGAUGAAGACUCGGUUCCCUGUGUGCAGCUGGACAUGCACAUAGACCAUUACUCUAGGACCAAAGCUAUCGCUGAACGCAUGGUGCUCGCUGCCAACAGAAGAUCAACAAAAGGUGGUGCUCUUCUUCACACAUGUGUCCUGCGCCCCUCUGGUAUCUACGGUCCUGAAGAGAGAAGACAUUUACACAGAGUGAUGGUGAAUGUGGAGAGGCGGUUGUUCAGCUUUCGUUUUGGGGACCCUAAUGCCAAGAUGAACUGGGUCCAUGUGGACAAUCUUGUGACGGCUCACGUUUUAGCAGCAGAAGCGCUCACUGCAGAUAAAGCUUAUGUGGCGAGUGGACAGGUUUAUUUCAUCAAUGAUGGGGAGUCUGUCAAUGUCUUUGAAUGGUUGACACCUCUGUUCGAAAGACUGGGAUACGGUCGCCCACUGAUUCACCUUCCCGUGUCUCUGGUCUACUCAGCAGCAAUUCUGAUGGAGCGACUGCAUGUGGCUCUGAGUCCUAUAAUGGAGAUCCCUUUACUUCUGACAAGAAACGAGGUGAGAAACAUUGCCGUCAGUCACACCUUUAAAAUCGAGAAGGCGCAGCGAGAACUGGGCUUCAGUCCUGAGAGAUACAGCCUGAAAGACUCGGUGGAUCAGUACCUGCGGAGCCGGCCGCCGCGCUCAGCUGCAUCGUUACUGAACACACGCUUCCUCUUCCUGCUGCUCCUGCUGCUCCUGACGGGAGUCAUCGCCCUCACGAUCUGCCGCCAGUAAACACACCUCCACACUUCUCGUCGGUCCCUUGUAGGGUUUGAACGGGGGCUGGGCGAUACAGUAAAUUCAACAUUGAGCAUAUCUUUUAUUUUGACAUUAUUUUUCGACAACGCUAUCGUUAAAUUAAUUUUAAACUUUGAGAGCGUUGCUUCUGUCAUCAAUUACUCAUUUUAAUGCCAUCUCAAGAACCAGUGAGGUGUGUGAAACACACAAGCUUUAUAUUACGGGUUUUAUGGUUUUGUUGGUGAGUAAAUGACGACAGCAUUUUCUUUUUGAGGUGAACUCUUGUCUCUUUAAGACAGAUCUACAAUAAAAUACACUUAAAGUUAUAACGUAUACUUAGAAAAGUAUGUAUAAGUAACUGUCCACUUCAGUUAAUUCAAUAAAAAUUAAGGUCUCUUAACUAGUCGCUUAUUGGCAUGCAUACUAGAAUAUUAACCAUUUAUUAGUUAUUAAACACAUAUUAAUGCCUAUCCCUAACACCUAAACUUAACAACUACCUUAUUAACUAUUAAUAAGCUGCAAAUGAAGAAUUUAUUGAGAGAAAAGUCGUGGUUAAUAGUAAGUGCUUGCUCCCCGUUUUAAAGUUUUACCAAAACGAUUAAUUUGUGCCAUCACUAAUAUAAUUUAAAUAAAAAUAACCCGCCGUUAUAAUUAGUGUAUAUUGUUUUAUAUUCAUGAUGUAUUUAAAACAAAGAAAAAUGCAAUGAUUAUUUUAAAUUAAUUUAAUCAGGCUAUGUAAUAUAUAAUAGGCUAUAAUGGCUGUUUGGUUCAGAUGCCCGUUUCAUUUAUUGAAUUAUUUAUUUGCUUGCUAUAUCGCUCACCCGUAUUUUGAACCUACGGUGUUUCCGGAUCAGAUCAUGAAGCACAGAGCUGCACCACCUCAGAAACAAAACCACUAUGAUUGUACGUAAAAUACAGUCCUGAUCAAAUAUAGGCGUGCGAUGUGGUGUAAAACUAAAAUAUAACCUGCGGAGUAUAUCUUUGACCGUGACGAACAGAAGGAAAUUGCUAGUAGUACGUUUUAAAAUGAUGUCUGUUAGUACCUAGACCAGAAUUCACUUAUUUAUAGCUUCUUUUUUAUCGAGUCUUCAGUCCGUGUAACUCUGAAUCGUGAUGUACAUUAAAUACGUUGUUUGUGUUAAAAGUUAGUGUUGGUGAAUUCUACUAUUAUGGCUUUAAUUUAUUUAAGUUUUUUGCCCACGGUCUUCCAUAAAACGAAGCGCGUGUAUAGUCGCACUUCCUGAACGUGCGCACUGCAAAAGAAACGCUCGUUCAUUUCGGUACGCGCCGUUUUUCAUUCGCAUUCCUUUCAUUAGCGCUCUAUUUACAUGUUCAUACCGAGUUGUAUGUUGCUCGGAUGAAGGCCUUUCGCCUCGACCUCGACUAAGAAGCAGUUUGAAAGAAAGCAUAUCAAUACUGAGACAGAAAGAACCAGGGCAAUGCUUACUCUACGCAAGUCAUAGUCACUUCAACACACUCUUUUUUUUAGUAUCACCCCAUAUGAACUGUGCCGGUGUGUGUUUGGGAACGAGUGAGAUUGAGUGUGUGUGUGUGCUCACAUCCGCUGAAGUAUUACAUUUGUGUCAUAAGUGUUCAUUUUUCGGUCAAACACAAGCAACUUCAACUCAGCUGACAUAUAAAUAACAGAGUGGUGUGUUUGGAAAUACUAUAAAUGUCCGGAGGGAGAUUUUUUUGAUGUGCAAAGCGAGGUUUGAAGCAACUAAUAUUUACCAGCGUCUUACACAUUCGAAGCAUUAAAGCAGUAAAUGUAUGCCAUGCGAGGCAUUCAUGAACGCCAAUGAAAUGUUUUAUAUUCCAAAGUGUACACCGACAUAAUCUUUCAUUUUGCUUUGUACUACCAGCUGUUGUCUUUUAAGACUUUGCGCGCUGUUUUCCAGAUAUCUCUUAGGUUUGUGAUGAGUUACAAAUGUGACGCGAGAUAGCUGUUCAGCAGUUAUAAAUGAACAAGUUGAAUAAAAUGUGCUGUGAACCCUCUUGCUAUUAAAGCCUUGCAUUUUCUUCAACGGUUUACUUAAACUUCGCCUCAUUAAC